UUUGACUUAUUUUAUUUUAUAAAGUAAAAUGUUAGAUAAUUUUUGAUAAUUUUUCAUUUAUUAAUUAAUAUCAAAAUUAGGCAGGAAGAAUUAAAAUUAAAGAUCACUAGGCUACAAGCCUACAACACAUGGGUAAACUAGAAGAGUUUUGGUGCUUCCAUAGACUCCUUUCUUUGAUUCUCUUCAAUCUUCAUUACUAAUCCAAAAAAUUCCACAGAAACAUCAAACACCCAUUUCUGCCAUUGCUCUAUAGAUUGAGGUGACCAAAAAAUGAUGUCAAUCCGCCAUUUGAGAAGUUGGAUUCUUUUACUUUUCCUGAUUUGCACUGCCGUUCUCAAUUUUUCACUUUCUGAUCCAGAUUCACAUCUCGUCCGUAAGAAAUUUCUCAUGAAGCAGAAAGUCCGCCGUAUGUUUUAUCAUGCCUAUGACAACUACAUGAAAUAUGCAUUUCCGCAUGAUGAACUGAAACCUCUCACAAAAACUUUCACCGACUCACUCAGUGAACUAGGAAAUUUGAGGCUGGAACACUUGCCACAGAACUAUAAUGGUUCUGCACUUACCCUAAUCGAGUCAUUAUCGAGCCUUGUGAUAUUAGGUAACAAUACAGAGUUCGUAAGAGCAGUGUUGUGGCUUUCCGAAAAUCUGACAUUUGAUGUUGAUGCAAGAGUGAAUCUGUUCGAGUGCAACAUAAGAGUACUUGGGGGACUUGUUUCUGCUCAUAUGCUUGCAACUGAUUCUAGAAACAGGUUCUCUCAAGGAACUUACAAGAAUCAGCUCCUUAUCCUAGCUGAAGACUUAGGGCGACGCUUCUUGCCUGCAUUUAGUACACCAACUGGAUUACCAUAUGCAUGGAUCAACCUCAAGUAUGGAGUAAUGGAAAACGAAACAACGGAAACUAGCACUUCUGGCUCUGGUUCCUUGAUUCUUGAAAUGGGGGCAUUAUCAAGAUUGACUGGUGACCCACAAUAUGAAGCUGCGGCGCUGCGUGCUUUGCGUAAGUUAUGGAGUUUGAGGAGUUCUUUGAAUCUGUUAGGGACCACACUGGAUGUGGUAACUGGAAAGUGGAUAGAGUAUUCUUCUGGGAUAGGAGCUGGGGUCGACUCAUUUUAUGAGUAUUUAGCUAAAGCUUACAUUCUCUUUGGAAAGGAUGAAUACUGGAGGUUGUUUCAGUCAGCUUAUGUUGCUGUCCAGAAACACUUCAGACAUGGUCCAUGGUAUCAUGAAGCUGAUAUGAGAACAGGGCAUGCAACUUACUGGCAACUUACGAGCCUUCAAGCAUUUUGGCCAGGACUACAGGUGCUUGUAGGAGAUGUUGCAGCAGCAAAUUCCUCGCACCGUGAAUUUUUCAAAGUUUGGAAAAAAUUUGGUGUUUUGCCAGAAAGGUAUCUGCUUGACCAUCAAAUUCUCCACCCGACGGAAAAAUAUUAUCCACUACGUCCUGAAUUGGUAGAGUCUACUUUCUACUUAUAUCAGGCAACUAAAGAUCCAUGGUACUUGGAAGUGGGUGAAUCAAUUGCUAACUCUCUGAAUUUGUACACCAAAGUGAAUGGUGGUUUUGCAAGUGUUCGAGAUGUCUCCACUAUGGUGUUGGAAGACCAUCAGCACAGUUUUUUCCUUGCCGAAACAUGCAAAUACCUAUAUCUUCUAUACGACGACUCAUUUUUACUUGAUCAGAAUUACAUCUUCACGACUGAGGGUCACCCUCUUCCUGUGCUUGCUGCUUGGCAUGAUAGGCUUCCUGAGAGAUCAAAUCUGGUUAGACGUACAAGUGCAAUGUCGAUGCAGAUAUGCCCUGCAAUUACCGUGAGUACUAACAAUAACAAAAAAGGCGAUCAGAAACGUGAAAGUUUGUGCCACGUUGCUGAUGCUCGUAGCGAUCACCGAUGUUUGUCCGAUGAAGAUUGUGGAGUCGAUGCAACUUCCUGUAGACGGAGAUCGUGCAGUAUUGCCGGCUACUGUGGGUUGUGGUUAUUUGUAUGACAUUCAACUGUAGUCUAAUCUGCAAGGAAGAAGCCAACUAAUUUGAGCUCAGUCCAGCAAUGUACUUAUCGGGAUGUAUUCCAAUUCGCCAUACAAGUAUUGUUGAAUUCUUUUUAUGUAAUCCCUUCCGAAACCAAAAUCUGUCGGUAAUAGAUGAUAUUACUUUAUCUGAUCACACCAUGGGUGGGUUAUGGAGGAGAUUUUAGUAAAUAAUGGUGAUUUGUAAAGUUAACAAAUCAUUUUUACGUGAUAGGAUCAAAUUUGGUAAGGUGGGAGUUUUGUGAUUGUAAUUUACUUUUUAAAGUUUGUUUAUUUUUUAAUAUUCUUUUUGUCCUUUUGUAGAAAUUUUACAAAUCGCGGUGAUUGAUUAGAAAUUUUUAUAA